GGUCGCAUUCACACCCUACGGCGAGACAUCCCGCCGUCAGCGGAAAUUGAUGCAAAGUGCAUUAGGUCCUUCGAGUAUCAAGACCUAUCACCCCCAACUUGAGCUCGAAACGCGUCCCUUCCUUCGUCGUCUUCUCGCAGAACCAGAGAAAUACACCGACCACAUUCGCAGAUACGCUGGGGGCCUCACACUGUUGGUCGUUUACGGACAUCAGGUGAAAACGAACGAAGACCAAUUUUUGCGACUUGCUGAAGAAUGUGUGAACCUUCUUUCGAACCGCAUCGCUUCAGGAGGCGGUAUCUGGCCUGUGGACAUCUUUCCAUCACUCAAGUACCUUCCAACAUGGAUGCCAGGUGCAGGUUUCAAGCGAAAUGCCAUUAUAUGGAAAGCGAAGAUGGAAGAAUUUGUCCAUCGUCCGUAUGAAUUUGUCAAGGAUGAACUGAGAAAAGGAACUGCCCUUCCGUCUUUCGUUUCCACCUUGCUCGAGGCUGAUCACCAAAAAGAAAAAGCUGCGCCAGUGAACUCAUUAGCUGAUUUCGACAUUCGUUGGACUGCCAAUUCGAUGUACUCUGCUAGCAUCGACACGACAAUCACCGCGCUUUCGCAUUUCAUUCUUGCUAUGAUUCAGCAUCCAUCUGUCCUUGAACGGGCACAGGCAGAACUGGAUUCUGUCGUUGGGACAACACGACUUCCAACUUUUGCAGACCGUCCAGAGCUGCCCUACUGUGACGCCAUUUUUACUGAGUGCCUUAGGUGGGGUGCACCAGUACCACUGAACCUUCCACAUAGACUAACAGAAGACGAUAUAUACGAAGGGAUGUUCAUACCAAAGGGUUCCCUGGUCUUCGGAAAUAUCUGGGCUAUAACCCGCGAUGAGAAGUUAUUCCCUGAUGCGCACGCGUUCAAACCUGAACGCUAUAUGGAACCUGCAGUCGACGAUGCAACGGAGCGAAGACGGGAUCCUCGAACAUAUGUCUUCGGUUUCGGGCGCAGACGCUGUCCAGGUGCCAAUUUGGUAGAAUCCUCGGCGUGGUUGCUCAUGGUAUCGAUGUUGUCGACACUCAAAUUUGGGAAGGCUGUAGAUGACCGCGGGAACGUUGUUGAGCCGGAGGUUGUGUUUGAUAACUCUGUUUUCCGGACGCCAAAUGUAUUCCAAUGUGAUAUACGUCCCAGGUCCGAACAAGCUUUGAAACUCGUUGCCGAGAUAUAAACGCACGGUUUGCGGCUUGGAAUGCUUGUGAUUGUCGUCAGCGCAUGGCUUUUCCGGUGGGUGGAUGGGUGGUUGGAAGCAUACUCACGAGUUUAGGAGUGCCUUUCAUCUUUGUCUUACUUCUUGUACACACUAUCACAAUUCCUUUUACUAUCUCUGUAGCUAAAUCUGGUUUCUGAUGCAAUUCUUCUCUCGGAUAGCGGUCAAUAAACUCUCUCAUCCUUAUCAAUCCU